AUGGUUUCCUGGAAACCAGGUGGUCUUCUGAAGGUGAAAUGUGACCCGGAUGUGUCGAACUUUCCUUUUGACGAACAGUCGUGUACGGUUGUUUUGACCCCAUGGGGCUAUGACAAGUCAAAGGUCAUUCUACACUCCUCAUCAAGUGGCAUGGAUAAAAGUUAUUUCGAGAAAAACGGAGAAUGGACAGUGACGGAUACAUCUGUUAGUUCUGAUACUGUUUCAGCCCAGAGUGUUUUAAAAUUCGACAUAACGAUCAAACGGAAGUCGACAUUUCACGGAUUAAAUACAAUCGCACCUAUGGUGAUUUUAUUGGUUCUCAAUCCCCUUGUGUUUAUUUUACCUCCACAGUCAGAAGAGCGCAUCAACUUCAGCGUGACGCUUUUGUUGUCGUACGUUGUGUUACUGACUGUACUUACAGGGGUUUUACCCACGAAUUCUAAGCCAAUGGCGGCCAUCAACUACACCAUGAUAACGACAUUAUGUUUAAGCACCCGAUCCUUCCUUGAUGGAGUUCCGGAGUCGGCAUCUGUUCCGUCGGACAGUGUUUACAAGGAGCGAACCCGAUCCUUCCUUGAUGGAGUUCCGGAGUCGGCAUCUGUUCCGUCGGACAGUGUUUACAAGGAGCGAAGUAAAUAG